AAAAAAAGAUUGUUAAUUAGUGUUUAAUAUCAAAAUGAUGAAAUAUGAGGGAGAUGAGAAAUUAAAGGAUAAUUCCAAAUGUUCUUUAUUUCGAGCUAGCUUGAAAAUGUGUCUACUCAAAAGUGACUGUUGUAAAAUUCACAAAAUUACACCGAAAGAAUGUCUUCGUUCUCAUCCUGAUCUCGUUCCAAAUGAAUGUUACGCUCUUCGAAAUUCUUUCUUCGAAUGCAAACGUAGUCUCAUCGAUAACAGAAGAAGGUUCAGAGGAAUAAAGGGACAUGAGGAAAAAAUAUAAAUUUAUUAAAUAGUUUUCAAAGUACUCGUAAUUUUUUGGUUAGAAAUAAAUUAAUUUUUAGAAGACGUUAUUAUCUUAAUUCUUAUAAGUAUAUAAAAAUGUGAUAAUAGAUUGGAAAGUAAACAACAAAUAGGAUUGUCAGAAAACUUUUUAUUAUCGUUUCUCUCUCAUCAUUCGUUGUACAUAUAAUAAAUUCUCGAAUCAAGUAAG